AGAUUGCCACGUUGUGCGCCAUGAGUCACUACUUUCCGUUGUUAAUACUCUCAUCUUCUUCUUUUCUGAACUCUGAAACUCAGAGUGACUUCCAAAUUGCUGUCGUAUCAGAUCGACCAUGGAAAAAAAUCCAGAAGCACAAGAGACAUUGGAUGAGACUAGAGAAGCGUGCUGCAAAGGCGCAUGCGAAUCAAGUUCAAGAAAGCGUCUUGCUGAUGACAUAAUUCCUCACAUUCUCAAUCUAUAUGGGUCUCGUGCAACACCUUCCGACUUUGAAAUUUAUGCUCCAAAUGCUUCAUUUGAGGACCCACUGAUGCGUGCUCAAGGGUUGAAGCAGAUCAAGUCAGCAUUUUAUUCACUAUCCAAGGUUUUCAGUGAAUCAAGAAUUGUGGAAUACAACAUCCAAGAAAAUAUGCUUUCUCCCGAAAAUCAUGAGAUAUUGAUCGAUAACAAACAAUACUACAAAUUCUUCGGAAGAGACAUAAAUGUGACGUCACUCAUCAAGUUGUAUGCCUUGGAAGGAAAAAUUGUUCGUCACGAAGAUUGGUGGGACAAGAAGCCUCUUUUGAACAGAGAAACAGUUAAAUUACCACUGAUGGGCCGAAUUAUGGAACUGAGUCGUAGAAGUUCAAUGCUGGCAACUCAUGUUAUGAUGGGGUUUGGGAAGGACCCAUAACAUAUAUAUAUAUAUAUAUAUAUAUAUAUAUAUAUAUAUAUAUAUAUAUAUAUAAACUAAAGGACGAUGUAUGUAUACUUUGUUUUCCCUUAGCGUUUGGUCAUGUGUUUAUACUUGGAGAAUCCAUGAUUAGAGAUAUGUAAACAACAAUAAUUCAAGUCGAACAGCUCUUAUUUGUAUAUGUUUUAUCAAGACAAAAAUGAAACUAAAUAACUUUAUAAGGUA